AUGCGUGCUCUCCGAUACUACGGCAUUAAGGAUAUCCGCUUGGACGAUAUCCCCGAGCCAGAUUGUCGGCCGGGCUGUGUCAAGAUCAAGCCAGGCUUUGUUGGCAUCUGCGGCAGCGACAUGUCUUCCGAUUUUAAGCACCCGCUGGCCAAGGAGGGGAUGCCCAUCGUCUUCGGCCACGAGUUCGGCGGGGUGGUGACGGAGGUUGGGGACGGCGUCACGCGCGCCCGCGUCGGCGACCUCGUGGCCGUCCGCCCGUCGCUGUACGACGGGACCUGCGACUCCUGCGUCGCGGGGCACACCAACGUGUGCCAGUACUGGGGCUGGCUUGGAAUCCACGCCAACGGGGGCCUGGCCGAGGCGGCCGUCGUCGAGGAGAAGACGGUGUUCCGCCUCCCCCAGGGGACGAGCCCCGAGGUCUCGGCCUUGGUCGAGCCACUUGCCGUGGGCUGGCACGCGACGCGCCUGGCGCGGGACUUGACCCCCGCGUCGACGGCGCUCAUAGUGGGCGGGGGCCCGAUCGGCUUUGCCGUGUACUUCGCCCUCCGCGCCCAGGGCCUGACGAGGAUCGUGGUCAGUGAGGUCUCGCAGGCGCGGCGUGACAUGCUGGCGGCGCUCGGCGCCGAGCACGUCGUCUCCCCCGCCGAAACAGAUGUUCCGGCCAUGGUCCGGCAGCUAUCCGGACCAGGCGGCCGGGGCGCCCACGCGGUUUUCGACUGUGCUGGGCUACCAGUCACCCUCAGCACGGCCCUGGAGGCGCUGCGGCCGCGGGGUACUAUUGUCAACAUCGCCCUUCGUGCCGAGCCCGUGCCACAGGUGGACCUCAACCUUUAUCUGCAUAAAGAGGCGACCCUGGUGAGCUCGAUGGCUUAUCAGGAGAGUGACUGGGAAGAGGUUAUCGAGGCCCUCGGAGAUGGGAGGAUAAAGCCGGAGGCAUUGAUUACUGGCAAGAUUGAGAUGAAAGAUCUGGUUGAGAAGGGGAUUAAGGUUUUAAAUAAGCCCGGACAGCAGCAUUUCUACGGCAAAGAGUUCUAG